CCGCCGAGCUCUUGGUGUGCGCGCCCCGCGAUGCACGGCGAGCGCGAGGCGUGGACGUGUUCUCUCCACCUCGGUCACCCGAAGCCGGUCGACCCUGGGUCUCGGUUGGGGAACACAGCCGAUUACGUCGCCGCGCACUUCCGCCGCACCUCUCGUUUAUAAGAGUGAUCGCAGCUCGUUGACCUCUUGGCGAAAGCUUCCCCGCGUCAACAUGCUCAGCGUUGUCCGCAUCGUCGCUUUCUGCGUUAUCCUCGUCGCGUCCAUCAAUGGCCUCCCCACCGGUGCGCGUCCGCGCGCCGGCGGAUAUCCCAUCAUUCCGGGCGACAACGGGUCGUGUGCGAAGAUGGGUCAACUGUGCGCCAGCAAUAUUGGUGAUAACUACAACUCGAUAGUUGCCGAAGGAGGAGAGUUCGGAGUGUCAAGUCACUGUUUAUUGAGCUCCAUGUGCCAGCAAAUGUUCUACAACGGCACCGUCGACGACUGGAUCCAAACGUACUUCGGAUUCCGCAGUGAUGACAGUACGGCAUCUGGAAGCUACAGCAGGAAGGCCGCGAAGUUACCCGAGAACCUUUAUGCUGCGCUGUUAUCUUCGGACGAAACAACAGCUACGCAACAGUCCUUCAUCGAUGCUUACAACUCCACCCUGGCCGCAGCAGGCGGUCCCUACCCAGCCGUCUCUUACGUCUCCGAGAUUUGGACUCGUAUCUCUGCAUGGACCGUCUCCUGCUCAUCCUUCGAGGUCUCGUACGACUCACUCGCAGAUUGGUUGCAAUUGUCUUCGACCGAACCUGGCUCAACCACUUGCUGAAAGUGCCCCGGUGCUCACGAAAAUAUAAACGUUCCUAUCAGACAGAACAUUACUAGUGAUGGACUAUCAGAUACGGUCGCAGACACUGAACGACGGCCAUUUUACCAUAAGAAUACUCAUACUUCAGCUACUGAGAGAUAGUCAUCGAUCCUGGCCGGACGGCAGGAUCCACAACGCCUUGUUACAACCUCGAAGUAAUGCUAAUAACGAAACUUCUCU